AUGCUGGUCACGAAGAAUUCGAGUCGCGGCUUCAUCGCGGCGAAGCUUCUCACGGCGCUGCUGGCGGCGACGCUUCUGCUGCCGUCUAGUACCAAUGCCGCGACGGCGUACCCCAACUGUCCGCUGACCGGCAAGCCACCGACGAAGCCAACGGUGCCCCCCACGCGGUGUGUGGGAGCAUCCAACCUCUCGUGCUGCCCCGAUGCUUGCGCCGACCUUAACUUCGCCGUUCAGGCGCUCGGCGUUAACGUAACCGCCGCGGUGUGGCCCAAGGUGGCUGAUAUCGACCACGUCUCCUUCGUGGCGGCUAGCAUCGGUACGUUCAUGAAGGGUAAUGAGAUCUGCGCGCACAUCGUCGAGCAACUCGCCUGCGCCGUGCAGUGCAAUCCCGGCCAAUUGACCGAGGCGUUCCUCGAGGACAUGCUCCAGCUGUUGCUCGUGCCGAUCGUCGCGCAGCACAUCCCCGGCUUCAACGCCACCUUCGCCGACACAGCGUGCUACGGGGGUCCCACGUUGAUCCCGGUCCUCCCCCUGUCCUGCGACCCGCUCACCAUCCCCGCCACCUGCCCGCCCGGUGCGGUCAACAUGACGGCGGCAAAGAACGUGUCGGGCCGCCCCCUCGACCCGGCCAUCUGCGCAGGCUUUCCCUACUCCAACGCCACCCGGCCUUUCCCUGACGCUAAUGGCGACGUCAACGCUCCUUACCCCUACACUCCUACUCCUACGCCCCCUGCUCCUGCUCCUGGUCCCUCCGCUCCUGCCCCUGCCCUUUCUCCGCCUACCCCCUCCCCGCCAGCGCCCAUUACCGGUGCUCCUCCCCCAAGCGUUGUGUCUCCGUCACCCCCAUCUGUGUCUUCUGCUCCCGCUGGCCCUAUCCCCUCUCCUCCUCCCGCUGGCCCUAUUCCCUCUCCUCCCCCCAAGGCUGCUGGACCGAGUGGAACCUCUCUGGCUGUGGCAGUUCUGCCGCUGCUGAUGGUUGUGCUCAUGGCGGAGGUGUGA